AGAAGGUCUCGCGUGGUCCCAACACUCGGAUCACGAUACAUUGAUGGCGGAUAUAUUGAAGACGCUCGAGACACAAUAAAAGGGACGUGAAAAACAAGGGGCGGGUACAAUCCACAUGCCACCCUGUAUUUGUAAGGCUGCCAGCUACACUGUGCAGGGUAGGUGUGUGUAGUGCGUUGAUUCACCCUUGCUGCAAUGCACUUGGAAUCCAUGACCUAGAAACAUUUGGGUCAUGUGACCUGUUGUCAGACGGGAGGUCCCAUCGCAUCGCGAGAAGCAGGUUCAACAUUCAGCAUCAUGCAGAAUACAAGUAACAGAAGUCAGGAAGUGAGCUUAACGCCUAUUAUCACGGGCCCUCCACCCUUGUUUUUCCUUCUCUCGUUCCUGUAAACCUGCUCUGCUUUAGAGCUCAAGGACCAAUUGUAUCCCCAAAAACCUACCCCACACCUACAUUAGCCAGCGCACAGUGGGACGAAGCGUGUGUGCUUACUCGAGAGAGAAGGAACGGGGAGAAACAGAAAGACAGAGCGAGCAAGAGAGAGGGUGUUAAAAAUACACGUACCCGUGACUCCAGCCCCUCCCUGCCCCAGCAAACACCACGACAUAUCUCCAGCCAAAAGGUCAGAAAAUGGCUGCAGGCCCUGCUAACGACAUGCAAGCCCCGCCGCACGCGCGGUGAACCCAAUUUCGAAAUCCCCUUUCCACAUCCUGGUACUGAGACAAGAGCUUGUGUUAGAGGCCGGCCUCGUCGGACCCGUUAGCAAAGCAAUUAGCUCGGGUUAACACGAAAGGUUGGUGUGUCUGUUCCCUCCUGGCAACAAGUCGUCCCACAUUCGUCUCGAACUCGUAAACCGUCAACAGCAAUGGCGCACGGCCUUCUCUUUUCUGUUGUCUACGUGCUGUGCAGCUUUUCGUUGUGUCGGUCACGGAUGCCAGUCAAUCGUUUGAUGGAGAGAGGGACUCAGACGACAUUCGUCCAGAAUGCACCAUAUGCAAUAAUCCGAAAGAUGCCUGACAUCAUCGUGUGAUGUCUAUUUUGAUGAAAGAAGUCUGCUGGUUCUCUAUCUCAACGGUUCUUGUCGCAGCAACAACGUGACCGCCAUCAUCCCUCCACACGACAACAACACUGUCAGCCUGGAGGACGCUCGGCAGACAUGUGGAGGAUAUUCCGUGGUCCACACAUUCCGUUGUCUGGUGUCCAUGCCUGUCAAUCUUUGCCAGUUUCCAGCCACCAAGAAAAUUAACUUUUCUGACAACCGGUUGAAAAAAUUUCCAAACCUGUCGUGCCUGACGGAGCUGGUGAUUCUCGAUCUUCGCUGGAACUCCAUCAGAACCGUUCCGAGAGAUGCCUUUAAGGGACUGACCAAGCUGCGAGACAUCUUUCUCGACUUCAAUCAGAUCGUCCACGUCGAUCCUUUUGCGUUUUCCACUCCUUUGCCUCAACUGAACAAAGUCGACUUGAGCUACAACAAGCUGGAGGCGGCUGAGCCGUGGUUCAUGAACAUCAAUCACACAUUUUGUUAUUUUAACCUCAAGUAAUAAUCUUAUUAAGCGGUUCAGCAACGAACAAGGAUUCAGCUUUGCGAGCCUAAGCAAAAAAAGGGCUGGCCCUGGGUUUCGUGGAUUUUUCUAAGAACAAAUUUAGCUUGAUUCCUUCAGCACAGCUCAAACAAUUCGGAGUGCGCAGCUUUGGGGACCUCGCCCGUGUCCUUAGCUGGGGCUUCGACUUCCGGGACAAUCCGAUCGCGUGCGACUGCAAUGUCUACGAGCUGCUUCGCGUUGGCCGAGAGCUGCUUCUCGUCAUCAAGCGCGAUUACUUCAACGUCACCUGCGACAGUCCGCCAGAUCUUCGAGGGAAGUAUGUCGUCGAUGUGCCCCUCGACAAGCUGGUGUGCAACGUCACCAUCGGUUGCCCAGACAACUGCACGUGCCAGGAUAGGCCGUCCAAGGGGUAUGUGUACGUCGACUGCGCAGGCGCGGGACUGACAAGGCUUCCUGACGUCAUGCCGCUAGAGAAGCAGCUAAACGUGACGCUGGCCAACAAUUCCAUCGAGGUCUUGGAGGCCAGAGACUACCUGGAGCGAGUGGUGAACCUUGACAUCACCUACAACGGUCUAAAGGAAGUCGAGGCUGAGGCUUUGCGGUUCUUGAGAAACGUCCAGAAAUUAGACCUCCGAGGUAACCAGAUCGCCUACCUGCCGGACACCCUGCAGAUUCUGCCCUCAUCAGCCGUGACCAUUGACCCCUACACGCUGUCGUGUGACUGCAACAUGUUGUGGUUCAGCUCGUGGAAGCUGUUGUACGUUGAGACGCGGGACAAGGGCGAUAACUUUGUCCGCUCCGAUGGUCAGCAGCCCCCAGAAGCAGACGCCGACAUCUUCUGCCUCCUGCGGGAUGGAAAGUACAUCCCGAUGACCGAAGCGACGAAAGAGAGGCUGGGUUGCAUCAAGGCGAUAACUCCCUUGCCACUCAUCGUCGCCGUGGCCAUCGUGGCUAGCAUCGUGCUGUGCGGGAUCGCCCUGGCGGCCAUCUUCCGCUACGAGAUUCUGGUCUUGUGUCACAUGUUUAUGUCCGUUGCGAACAAGCAGCACAAAAAGCAGGUUUUGCCUCACGAAAAGGACACUGGGAAGGAUAAAAAAGACAGACAGCAACAGCGACACGAUGCCCACGGCUACACGCACGACGUCUACAUCAGCUGCUCUGACAGCGACACGGACCUGGACUGGGUCAUCCACCGUCUGCUCCCCAUGCUCGACCAGCGGGGUGUCAAGAGCUACCUUCUGGUACGCGACAGUCCUCCUGGUGUCGUCGCCGUUGACGAGGCGGUGAAGAACAUCCGCGACAGCCACGUGGUGCUGGUCGUGCUGUCGGCGGAGUACGCUGCCAGCGCCACCUGUCUCUUCCAGUUCUCGCAGGCCUACAACUUCACCCUGGGCCGCAGUGCCAGCGAGUCCGUCAGGAAGGACAGGCGCCGACUGCUGGUGCUGGAGGUGGACGGAGGUGCAAGGUACGGUCACGUGGGAGAGCCACACCUCAAAGCCAUGCUGAGGAUGAGGAUGACCCUCUGCGGCGACAACCCGAGAGACAUGGAGAGAGUCUGCUCAGACUAUUUCAGACAUCUAAUGGAGUAUAAACGAGGGUUGUAACUGGUCGUUUACACACUGACUGGAAAUACCAGCUCUCCUCUCCGUCAAAAAAUUAUUUUAAAAAAGUGUCACCAAAAAUAGACUUACCCUCCGGUGCUGAAACAAAUGUUUGUUUGCUAGUGUCAGUG